CUGGCUCUGCGCGCGAAGCAGUUGCAUUAGCGAGGGCAAGUAGUGUACGCACUACCGAAUCUGAGAGAGAUGGCUAUGAAGUAGAUGCUGCGGACGAGAAAAAGAUGGAGAAGAAAAAAGGCACAAAAGGAAAUCAAGGUCGCAAAAAAGAUGCAUCUUCAUCUACCACUCGACCUGUCACCUCGAAGCCACCACCUCCUCUGCACGUGCAACAGUUUGAAUCUUCUACUGGUAAGAGGCCAAAGAGUAGUCGGAAAGGGGAUAGUACAACUCGACCACUCGUCCCAAGUCCUGCUCCGAGAGUAGGAGCAACAGCGGCGGUGGCAGAUACUUCUACAGCCGCUGGCGAAAGACGCCGCGUCGAUGACCACUACUCUACUCCGGGUAGAAAAGCAACAAAGAAAAAGAAAAAGGUUCCACAGACGACGCAUGUAGCAGCUGAAGUUGACAGUGGAGAGGCCCUCAAGUCUACACCUGCUAUGUCAUCGAUCGCCAGCAGCAGCACUAGUUCCACC